AACACGCGCAGAGAAUAUUUGAUGCCGAGGUGAAGGAGCUGGAGAUUAAUUUUAUAAUUUUAUAUAUAAAUCGUUUUUAAAAACAUUAAAAACAUGGCCACGGCUGAAGCUCAAGUCAAUGUGAAUCGGAAUUUGCAAAAGCAGGACCUUAGGAAUUUGGAAGUCAGCAACCUUACACCUCUGUCGCCCGAGGUGAUCUCGCGCCAGGCGACCAUCAACAUCGGCACAAUCGGACAUGUAGCACACGGAAAGUCCACCGUAGUCAAAGCCAUAUCCGGCGUGCAGACGGUCCGCUUUAAAAACGAAUUGGAGCGCAACAUUACAAUUAAGCUCGAACGCUUAAGCGAAAAGAAAAUCAAGCUACUUUUGAAAUCCAAACACCAGCGACACAAAUACGAUAUCCAGCAGCAAAAGCUGCUACGGAUUCUCGCCGAGCGGCGAAAGGCCAGGGCAAUGACACCCCUUGCCCCCGCUUCAGUGCUAGCCCCAUCCAUGGAAACAGCUCGUCCGCGUCUUCGCAGCACCAGCCUAAACUCAUUAAGUCCCAGCAACAGCAGCGGCUAUGGCAGCAUCCUCGGCUGCGAUGAUAGCGAUCAAUCAUCACAGCUGGUCCUGAAACCGAACGUUCUUAAGCGACGACGUAGCAACUGUGUCCAGAUACCCACUCCAGCAGCCAAAAGGAGCAGGAAAAACGAUGGAACGACUGUGAAGAGGCGACCCAAGGGCGAGUACAUUGUGGAGAAAAUCGAGAGCGUCGAGGUGGUCCAGUUUCAGCCCGUUUUCUUUGUGAAAUGGCUGGGAUACGAUGUCAGCGCGAACACAUGGGAAUCGUACGUAAAUCUAUCUGAUUGUGCCGAAAUGGAAAAAUUUGUUGAGCGUCAUCUACAGCUGCAUCAGCAUUAUAUAGCCCAGCUCACGGGGGAACUGGAUACGCAGUUGUCGGACAUACCGCAGACGGAAGAUCUUAAGACUAUUAGCAUUGCAGAGAUUGAUGCCUAUGAUCCGCUCGAGUUGCAGAUUGAUAUUAUACUGCUAGCGCAAUACCGUGCCGCUGCCAGCCGCAGCCAGCGGGAACCCGAGCGAAUCGGUGCGCGGGCCCUGCACCGCAUGCAGGUCAGGCGGUCUCACUUUGCACGGCGCAAGCAGCUGAUUGAUUUAUUGCUGUUUGAACACCGAAUGAAUCGAGUCGAGCUGCCGUCGCCGCCCAUACGAGUGGAGAACAAUUGGGAUCUGGACACGAUUGACAGCGGCUUCAAGUACAUACAAAAGAACAUAAUUGGAGCAGGGGUACCCAAGCCGCAGGCUGGACUUGUGGGUUGUAUGUGCCGCCACCAGAGCGGAGAACAAUGCACCGCCUCCUCCAUGUGUUGUGGAAGAAUGGCUGGUGAAAUCUUUGCCUACGAUCGUACCACGGGACGUUUGCGGCUCCGGCCGGGCAGUGCCAUCUAUGAGUGCAACAGUCGAUGCUCCUGCGACGAGAGUUGCACGAAUCGUGUGGUACAGAAUGGACGAAAGCAUCCGCUUGUGCUCUUUAAAACCAGCAAUGGCAGUGGUUGGGGUGUCCGCACACCGCAGCCAUUGAAGAAGGGAGUGUUUGUCUGCGAAUAUAUCGGCGAGAUCAUUACGUGCGAGGAGGCUAAUGAGCGUGGCAAGGCCUAUGACGAUAAUGGGCGUACCUAUCUGUUUGAUCUGGACUACAAUACAUCGCGGGAUAGCGAGUAUACGGUGGACGCGGCCAACUUUGGCAAUAUAUCGCAUUUUAUCAAUCAUUCGUGUGAUCCCAAUCUGGCCGUGUUCCCAUGCUGGAUCGAGCACUUAAAUACGGCCCUGCCACAUCUGGUCUUCUUUACCAUUCGCCCGAUUAAGGCGGGGGAGGAGCUCAGCUUUGACUACAUUCGGGCGGACAACGAGGAGGUGCCAUAUGAGAAUCUAUCGACGGCUGCGCGUGUCCAGUGUCGGUGUGGGGCGGCCAAUUGCCGGAAGGUCCUAUUUUAAGUUAAAUGUACAACGCCAGCGAU